AUGGCAGCAAUCAACUUCAUGACCGGACUUACUGUGCCUAAUAGCAUCGCUGUCCUUGGUCUAGCAACCAGUGUCAUUGGCCUAAGUGCAGUGAUAUUUUUGCGCUUCUUUUAUGUCGAUUUUCGGAAAAUCGAUGGGAUCCCGGAGAUACCAAACGGGGACCUCCUCGCAGGGCAUUUAUAUCAACUUGGAGAUGAUCACGCGACAAGAUCAGAAACUUGGACCAAUACCUAUGGCUGGCCUAUUUUUCAACUGAGAAUGGGUAGACGCUGGGCGAUUAUGCUCAACUCUUUUGAAGCUGCUCGUGAAUGGAUCAUCAAGAACCAGUCUGCGACUCUCGAUCGACCAUGGUUUCACACGUUUCAUGGAGUCAUUUCGGCUACUUCAGCUGCAACCAUUGGAACUAGCCCCUGGGAUGAACGGACCAAGAAACAGAGACGUGUUGUAGGCUCAUUUACCACAGGACCGUCUAUUCAGAAGCUACGCAACAUGUUGGACAUGGAGACCUGCGCUAUGAUUUCGGCAAUUUAUUACGACUCUCAAAAAGGUUCCAAUGACAUCAUGCCUCAUAUCUAUCCGAAACGAUUGGCGUUGAAUUUGAUGACCAUGUUCUGCUACGGAACGCGAUUCAGUACUACUACCGAUCCAAUGCUCCUCCAAAUUCUGUCAGAUGCUAGCACAAUUGCGAGUUUUCGAUCCACGAACUCUACUACGCAGGAUUUCAUUCCCCAUUUGAGAUAUGUUUCAAGAAAUGGGCGCAAUGACACAGCAAUACAAGCCCGAGCACGACGUGACCAAUAG